GUACCACAAAUCAGAUGAAGACCAGGCCUCCCCAUGGGUUUUCACUUAGCGUGCAUGAGAGCUGUGAGCUGCCAUGUGUUCCUGAGGGCUCUGCUGCUAGGUGCCUCCAUGCUCUGAAGGUGGGCUGGAAGGUGUGCUGGGCAGAGGAGGAGGAAGAAGAGGAGCAGAGGCGCAUGGCCUUCCUCUCCCACGACAUCAGCAUGCUGCGCCUCUUCGAGACCUUCCUGGAGAACACCCCACAGCUCACCCUGCUCCUCUACGUUAUGCUGUGGACAAACAAGGCAGAGCCCUCCCAGGGACUGGGGAUCUGCACUGCGUUCCUGUGUGUGACCUGGUCUCUACUGGACUACCACCAGUCCCUGCGCUCCUUCUUGCGGGAUAAGUAUGAGCUGAGUCGGGGCUCCUCCAUCAUCUACUUCCUGUGGAAUCUCUUCCUCAUCUGCCCCCGCAUCCUUGCGGUCGCCCUCUUUGCUCUGCUCUGGCCAUAUGGCAUGGCUGUCCACUUCCCGCUUGUGUGGCUGGCUAUGUUCUUGUGGGUCAGCCUGCAGGGCACGGACUUCAUGGAGUCUCCUGGCCCCGAGCAGCUCUACCGGGCCAUGGUGGCCGUGAUCCUGUACUUCAGCUGGUUCAACGUGGCACAGGGGAGGACGCUGUACCGCAGCAUCAUCUACCACAGCUUCAUCCUAGUGGACAGCAUGCUGCUGGCCCUCUCCUGGCUCUGGUGCCGCGCCCCCUCUGACGAGCACUCAUACCUCAUCCCAGUGAUCUCCGCUGCCCUGCCCUGCUACCUGCUGGGGCUGCUGCUCAGAGUCACCUACUACAAGUGGCUGCACCCCAAUGUGUGGGCACAGCAAGAAGGUGGCUACGACGAGGUGGAUGCCAAUGGGAGGAGCAAUGGGCUGGAGUUCCGCUUGCUCUCGAUGCCAGACCUUGUGAACAGGCGGAUGCAGUGGCUGGCCCAGACCCAGUUCCCCAUCUCCUGGCCGGUGGGGCAGCGCUUCCUGAAUGGAGCUACUACUCUUGAGUCUGCUGUCUGAGGCCGGCUCCUCCAAAGGGACUUGCUGGGGAGAUAGAUUUGUUAGUUCUGCUCCUGGUUCCGCUCCCCUCAGGCAGUUGUUUUGGGCAGCUGGAAGGAUCUGGACAGAAACCAGGGGUGGUGUGGAAGCAGCCGGCAAGUUCCUUGGCACACAGCAUGGCUCCCAUGGCUGUGCUCCCACGGUAUUCAUGGAGGGGUCCAGCAUGUUGUGGCUGCGCCUGCACUGCCAUGUCAGCUUCGCUUGUUAUUUAU